AUGCGCCUCGCUCACCCCACCACUACCACCUCCGACAUGCGCUUCGCUGCGCUCCUCGCCGCGACCGCCGCGCUCGCGGCGGCUGCCAACCCCCUCCCCCGCCCGCAGGCUUACCCGGUCACCGCGACCAUCCAGCAGGGCGGCGCCGACGUCCAGAUUGUCGGAUUCCAGAACGCUGGCGUGGACAAUUACUUUGGGAUCCCGUUCGCCAAGCCGCCCGUCGGCGACCUGCGCUUCGCGCACCCCGAGCCCGCGGUGCUGACAUCCCCCGUCAACGCGACGGCGCUGCCCAACGCGUGCAUGCAGAAGGUGAACGCGCUGACCUUUGGCGCGCCCGGCAUCAGCGAGGACUGCCUGUACCUCAACGUCGUGACGCCGCCUGGUGCGUCGACGGCUGGCGGCCCAGGGCUGCCCGUCCUCGUGUACAUCUACGGCGGCUCGUUCACAGAGGGCACGGGCGCGACGUACACGUUCCCCAUCUUCCCCAACUGGGCGAUCCAGCAGAAGCGCCCCGUGGUGCUCGUGACGCUCAACUACCGCCUGGGCAUCUUCGGCUGGGGCUUCGGCAAGGAGAUUGCAGCGCACGGCGCGGCCAACCUCGGGCUGCGGGACCAGAAGCUCGCGCUCGAGUGGGUGCGCGACAACAUCAAGGCGUUUGGCGGCGACCCGAGCAAGGUGACCGCGUUCGGCCAGUCGGCGGGCGCGAUCAGCGUCGCCAACCUCAUGUACGACACGAGCAGCGACCUGUUCCGCGGCGCGAUCAUGAUGUCGGGCGCGCAGAGCACGCUGCCCAACGGGCCCGUCGCGACGACGUGGCAGAAGCCGUACGACGAGCUCGUGGCGAGCGUGGGCUGUGCGAAUGCCUCCACGGCAGGCGUGACCCCGCCUUCGGGUCUCACGGCGGCCGAGGAGGCCGGCUUCCAGUGCCUCAAGAAGCUGCCCGCCGACCAGCUCCAGACAGCUGCCACAACGCUCAAGUCGCAGAUCCAGUAUAUUGGCGCGUUCAUCUUCGGCCCAAGCAUUGACGGCGACCUGAUCCCGGACCGCGCGACCAGGCUCCUCGCCGCGGGCAAGUUCAAGAAGAUCCCCUUCAUCACCGGCAAUGUGAACGACGAAGGCACCGGCGGCAUCCCGCAGUCGUCGCUGAUCAGCGGCGAGGCGACGCUCAACCUGCUCAUCCGCUCGAUCCUCCCGCUGCCGGUCCAGCAGCCCGCGGUGGACAAGGUGCUCAAGGCGUACCCCGACGUGCCUGCGCUCGGCGCGCCGUACGGCACAGGCAACAACACGUUCGGGCUGCCGUCGACAUGGAAGCAGGCGGCGUCGAUCCUCGGCGACGCGGCGUUCCAGUCGCGCCGGCGCGCGUUCCUCCGCACGGCCAACACCGUCGGCUGGUCAAAGACGUGGUCGUACCUCUUCAACGCGCCCACGCCGGGCGACGCGCCCAUCCUCGGCGUGUCGCACGGCACCGACGUCUUCUUCUGGUUCGGCUACGUGUCGCCCCAGGCCGCGAGCCUCAGCAACUCCAACUCGACGGGACUGCUUCCGAGCGGCUUUAGCUCGGCCGACGUCGCGCUGUCGCAGAACAUGAUGUCUUAUGUCAUCAACUUUGCCUACGACCUCGACCCCAACGGCAAGGCGCCCGCCAAGCGCAAGCGCACCAACCAGAAGUGCAAGCCCACAGGCGGCGGCACGGGCCCCCCUGCGCCGGGCAGCAACAGCAGCCUGCCCUUCUGGCCACAGCACACGUACCCGUCCAACAAGAACUCGCACGAGUUCGUCUCGGGCAACAUCAAGGUCAUCCAGGACGACUACCGCGAGCAGCAGAUGGACGUCUUCUUCCCGCCCAACCAGGACGUCAUCGACCAGUUCAACUGGCGCCGCGAGGAGGGCAGCAGCUAG